AUGGAAAGAGCCGGGCCUAUGCUACCUGACCGUUGCUCCCAUGUCAUUACCGAUCGAGGGAGUAUUCGGAGCGAUUUGUCGUCGUUCUCUUACUCCCCUCCAAUAUCAGCAAAGUCUCGCUUUCGGCUGGAGGAAGGCUACCCCUCGAUUAAUACUACGCUCGAACAUGCCCGCCGAUUAUCCAGCUCUGGAGACAGUCAAGCCAUGCGUGGGCUGGCUCAGGUAUUCUCCCAAUGCUUGUCUUCUAUCAUCCCGACCAUGGAUUCGCUGCCAGAGGAGGUGCGAACUUUCCCUGACUACGAAAUGGCCCAUUAUGGCGCCGUUUUUACGAAUGGACUUCUCUCUCAACACACACUACAUCUGGACGAGGUUAGAUGUGACAUGGUCCUGGAGAUCAUGGAGAUGACAUUUUAUAACCUCAAAUACUUUCUCGAAGUGGCCGGCAGGCUUUAUGCGAACCACACGGCCUUACCGAUAUCUCAGCCUUCUGGCAAAUCGACUGAUGCUUGUUUGGAGCACGACGAAGCCACUACAUCCGUACAGCCCGACGAACAACCAACUGAGAUCCCCUCCGGACAACAUACGGCAUCUACAAUCGCUGACGAUGAGACACCUAUACCUGAGGACCAUCAAGUCACAACGACUCCAGAGUCAUUCAUAUCCGAACUUCCCACCAUUAACUCUGAAACCGAUACCUUGGCCGGUCCGUCGUCCAUUGAAUCCCAAUCCCUUCAAAGCUCGACUUCUAAACGCCCUUGGGAGCUUAAAGGGUCCAAAUUUGUUCAGCGGGUUCUCCGUCUGCGACCGUCUUUGGGGUCUCGAGUCUUUAGUGCUCGCUCCAAGUCUGCGACCACCCUCGUAGGCUCUGUAGACCAGUUGUUUGAACACUCAACAGACGCUGCAAAGCAGAGGACCAUUGAAGGUUACAUGAGGCGGCACAAGGCGCUGCCUGACAUCCCCUAUAUCCUUCGUCAAUCGGCGGUUUACUUCCUUCCUGAUCCUCUACAUCCUGAAGUAGAUGUAGACAUGCCUGAGUUGAAUGGAGAGACGGUCGCGGUUCGUUUAUCCCCUCAAGGGGAAAUCAAAUCAGCUUCUCUCACUGCUCUCAUUCGAAUGGUCACAUCUAAGGAUGUAAUCAAGAAUCCCAAGAUAUCUCAGCUGUUUUUCUGCAGCCUCGGUUACCUUAUCUCUCCGCAGGAUGCCAUUGCCAAACUCGCCGAGAGAUUUAAUGAACAUCCUCCUUCAGAACUGACCGUCGCCCAGCUUCGAGUCUGGACUCGCGAAGAGUUGACGGUGCGCAUCCGGGUCGGGCAUGUCGUAGCAUUGUGGCUAGAGCAAUAUUGGGAUGCCGAGAUUUUUGACCUAUCCGUACUCAUCGAACUUGAGCAAUUCGCAUUGACGGACCUCCUUGGUAGAAUUCCCGAUUCCUUGUUCAGCAAGAUUAUCCUUUUUUUAGAGGAUGUUAUUUGUGGGCGAGCCAGCCGGAGGGACUGGCGCAAACGGUUCAUCGAUCGCGUCUCUGAAAGAACCGCCGUUCUGCACUCGACUGGGUUUGAAUCGACAUUACUGCAGGAAAACGGUUUCAGCUUUCAGCUUUCCCAUUUUUUUGUUUCACAGGGAAUCGAAGAAUUCUCCAGGAACUUGACUAGAGCCUUGCAUGACAUGCACUGUACCUAUGAACCGAGCAGCGCUGUCCGGUGCUGGUUUUUAGGGAACCGUGAAUCCGAAGUGCAUUCAAAACUUCAAUCCAUAAUACACCGGGAGCGAUCACUCUACCUCUGGGUGACCAGAGAAAUAUUGAACCAAGAGAGCAAGGAAGCACGAGUAGACGCGAUAGAAUUCUGGGUCCGAGUGGCUUGGGAAUGUGUUUCUCUACACAACUUCAGCUGUGCAUCAGCUAUCCAUGGAGCUUUGGUUUCCCCCCCUAUUUACCGCCUCAAAGAGACAUUAAUGGCAAUAAAUGUCGAAGAUAAAAAGCAUUUCAAGACGCUCGACGAAUACUUCAGUGGUUUUGAUAAUUACGGACGAUAUCGACAAGCGAUCGACGAUCUCAAGGACAAGCCCCAGCAAAGUUAUAUUCCUCUUUUAGCGCCUCUGAUCAGAGACAUGGAAAUAGUAAAAGCAGUGAAACCUACAGUGUCGCUCCCUCAGGGGAAUGAUGGAAUUAACCUAGCUGCAGCGGCUAUCAUUCAGCACACCUUAUCUGUGUUAGAGAACGGCCGAUCACCUUACAAGUUCGAGCGCACCCCACUUAUCGCCAAAUGGCAGAGAGAACAGCUCCUCGAUCCGCGUUAUGCACGUGAAAAUGACCAGGUGGUCAACGCGCAAUUCGAUCAGUUGAGCACAAAAUGCGAGGCUAAAUGCGUCGGGCUCGCGCACAUCGACGCUUGGGCGAAGCUUUUCCAAGAUGGGUCGAUUCGCGAUCUUGAUCAACUCGACCAAUCGGUGGACGUGAAAAAACCCUCCAUCCUUAGCCGCUUCCUCAAGAAACCAUAA